AUGAAUUUGGAGGAAUUCGCGAAGAUCAUAGCAAGAAAUGCCAAUAAUCAGUUUUUGAAAGGCAUAAAUCUUGUUGGAUUCGAGAAUCAAUUGCUGAUUGCUGAGGCUAAAAAUCAGUUCAACGAAGCAGAAAUUUCGUUUGAUGAGGGGAGCAAGCCUUCUGAAGCUACCUACGAAGAAUGGCAAACGUUUCUGUUCAACCAAUGGCAACCUCUGAGAAGGCGAUUCCCACAGCUCUGGAAUAAGAGACUCAAGAUGCAGGAAAACUUUGACGAGUAUUUGGGGAACUGUGAAGAAGACGGCAGCGCCAACUGGCCAUUUAAACUGAAUCCCGAACGAGAGGUCUACAUCUUCAAUCCAAAAAAGUUUCCGCCUUCUUUCACGUCUGAUUUCUUGGAGAUCACCUUCACUCCAAACAAAGAGAGCUUCAUUCCGAGAGACAAAUUUACCCCGAAUGUUAUGCAGCGCAGUGUUCUGAGCACAGUGGAGUGGUCUAUGCAUUUCGAACCUUGGGUGUCCAAAGGGAGACGUUUCGAGAAGGCAAAAAGCAGGAAGCUCCGAAAAAAGCUAGCUGAGGCAUAUUUGCAGAAUAAACAAAGAAAACAGAUCUGCAACCGAUUCGAACACAGCGCGACGAUAAAUGAUCCCGUAGAGCAUAAGGCUUUGCCAGUGGUUAACCGGUCUUACCAGCGGGGACAACGAGGAAAGUUUUCCGCAUACAGUCACCAGCGUCGCUUCGAGAGAAACCAACUCGAUAAGAACAUCAGAGAGCAAGUCCGGGAGCACGAAAAGAAGAAAACAGUGAAACUUUCCCAGGACAAGCUUGAUAAAAUGCAGGCUUAUCAACGAAAAAUCCAAUCACAGAGGCACAGAUAA